CAGCAAAAUAACUAUUUUGAUAACUUUGCACAAAAAAAAAAAAAACAAUAAUUCUGCACGGAAUUGGUAAACAGCACCAGCAACGUAGUGUUCCGGUUAAAAAAAAGAACAAGCAGAAACCGGGACACAGCAUCCCGGCCUUCGUGGCAAAGGUCAUCGUGAGAAGGAAAGGUGCAAGCAGUUCCGGUCGAAAGCUCAGCGACUGGAGACAGAUUCGUACCGCAAGCAAUAUAGAGUAGCUUCGACAUCAACGACCUAGGUGCCUGUUAUCAGUUUAUCAGUCAUUCCAAGAUCACUGCCGAAAAGGGGCAGCGAUAGGCGAAAUCCAGGCUUUUUGCCGCAAUAGCCUACCUAAGCUCAAGCUCAGUGCCUAACUCGAUGAUAUAUGUUGGUGGCGGGUUGGCAACGAACUAGCGAUCAAAAAAGGGGUGUCCGGAACAGGCCACCUUCUUCCGGCUGGUGGUAACAAUUGGUAAACCGGUCGGUUGAGCGACGUUCGCAUAAUCUUCGUUGUGCAUCGGAACAAAACGAAAAUGUCCUUUAAGGAUCUUGUCGAGCCGGAAUGUGGCGGUGCGAACCCGUUGAUGAAUCUAGGCCGGCAGGUGCGGCGAGAUGUUGCCCUACAGGAUGAAGGCCUGGCCGGUGGGCGUAGUUCGUUCGCCGGGGCGGAUCGUGAGCUCGUGAAGGAAUACAUGGACCAGAUUGCGCCCGGUCCACAGACCUUCCGGAUGGAUGAGCUGCUGAAAGAGAUGCGUGAAAUUGAUGCCCACAAUCAUCGGCAGCAGCAAAUGGUUGGGGUGGGCCGGUCGAUCGAUAUGGUAGGACCGGGUGGUGCCUGGGCGGAGGAGUUUCGUGCCGAUGCCACGCAACCGCGAGAGGAAAGCAAGCUUUCGAGUGUUUGGUCCCAAUCGCACUUGCCGCCGAUACAUGCAAAUUUGCGAGACGCAACGGAGCAGCAACAGCCCACAGUUCGGCAGGCGGCCAGUGACUUUAUGUAUCAGGCAUACCCCGGUCAAAUGUACAAUCCUAACAUACGCCAGAGUGAGUUUGUACGCUUUAUGGGUAAUGUAAGUGCGGGAAACGUUCGGAUUAACGAUGGAGGCGUCGAAGUGUCCAAUAGCGUGUGGGCGAACCGAUUCGACGAGCUGGAAGCGAGCUCGUCCAAGGGUAAAGUGGAGCAGCAGGAAAGUAAACCGGAGGAAGCCCAAAAGCAGGAGGAUGAUUGGGCGAAGGCGUUUGUGGAUGAGAAGCAGGAACAGGACGAAGCAUCGGAUAACUAUAACAAGCAAUUUUGGGAGCGACUGCAGGACGAGUGGCGAACGCUGUCGGAAAGCGAAGGCAAGCAUCCAUGGCUGUCCGAGUUUAACGAUUUCUACGAUCCCUUCAAGGAGUACAAAUUCGACGAAGAAAACCCAAUGACGGACGUGGAGAAUGCGUUCGAGAAGGGGAAAGCUUUCCUGGAGCAGGGUGACAUACCGAGUGCGGUCCUGUGCUUCGAAUCGGCCGUCAAGCAGGAUCCGGAAAAUCCGGAAAUUUGGGAACAACUUGGCUUUUCGCAGGCCGAGAACGAGAAGGAUCCGAAUGCGAUCGCCGCAUUUAACAAAGCGCUUUCCUUCAAUCCCAACAACAUGCCCGUGCUGAUGGCACUGGCCAUUUCGUACACGAACGAGGUGCUACAGAACAACGCCCUGCGGAUGCUGGUCCGUUGGAUGAAGUGCAACCCGAAGUACGAACAUCUCGUUCCGCCGGAGAUGCUCCAGGCACAGGACUCCCCCAUGGCUAGCUCGUUGAUGGGUGGACCGAAGCUGAAGGAUGUGCAGGACCUCUUCAUAAAGGCGGUGCAGCAAUCGCCGACGGAAAUCGAUGCCGACAUACAGGAAGCGCUGGGUGUACUGUUCAAUCUGUCGUCCGAGUACAACAAAGCGGUCGAUUGUUUCAAUGCGGUGCUGCAGGUACGCCCGGAAAGUUCGAAAGCCUGGAAUCGGCUCGGUGCCAGCCUGGCCAACGGGAAUCGUUCACUAGAGGCGGUCGAUGCGUAUCAGCGCGCGCUCGCCUACCAUCCCGGGUUUAUCCGGGCACGGUUCAACGUCGGUGUGAUUUGCGUCAAUCUGAAGGCGUACAAGGAGGCGGCCGAACAUCUGCUGACGGCGCUGAACCUUCAGGCCAACUCGGCCGUUCGUUCCGGGCUAAAGGUGCAAUCGAUGUCGAAUCAAAUGUCCAGUGCAAUCUGGAGCUUGCUGCGCAUGGUGCUGUCGCUGAUGAAUCGGAGCGAUCUGCAUACGGCCGUCGACAAUCGCGAUCUGGAGGUGUUGAAUCGCGAGUUUCCGAUGAGCAACGAUUAACGGACGGGCAAUGGGUGUAGUCGCAGGUGACGACUGGAUCGGCGGUGCGUAGGUUAGCGUUCAAACGUGGAUAUUUAGAUUCACCCCAGGCUGCAGUGCCCGAUGCAAUGCCGGGGUGCCGGGUAAUGGGACUUAGUGCAUAAGUACAAAUUCGACGGAGGUUGGAAUUGUGGGGAUUGGGUGAACGAGUUCUUGGAAAGGGGUUUGUUUUACGGGGUGUUUGUCGAAGCGACGGAAAAAGGGUUUAUGUUGAACAUAUUUCGUUACGAACGAUUGUGUGUGUCUUUGGUUUUCCGUUUUGCUAGUAAAAUUAUAAUAGGGAAGCAAGGGCGAAGGGGAAGCCGCAUGUGGGCACAAUUACACUCGGCGGAGCGUGCAUAAACGUUUAGGCUUCGAAAGCAAUGCAACAAAAUUUAAUAUACAAGUACCUAAAACAUAAAGGCAAGGAAUUUCGUUGGGGCACAGGGAGGUGUAGAGAGUGAUUAACAAGUGUAUGCUGCCAGCACGCUAAAGAGAGGGUUUGAAGAAGCUCCCAACAUUUUACUACUAGAUAAAUAUAUAUAUUAUUAUUGAUGCAAUAUCCUGGUUGAGAGCAAGGGAAAA